UCUAACCAGCAGCUCAUAUCCGAGAUUUAUAUAUUUAAGAGCAUCAUACAGGAUACAAGGAAAAAAAAAAGAUGAUAUGUCAUCAAAAUACGGGCCCUGAUUAUUACACACAUCUUUUUGUGAUAUUACAUGACCAGAUUACAACUUUAAAGUUGUUAUUUAUCGACAGGAUUUCAAUCUUCUACAUUCAUUCAAGAAUUAUGAAGUCAGUAGUCAAAACAGUAGUUUCAAGACAGUAUACAAAAGAAAAACUACUAAAUGGGCUGUGGGUUUUCAACUUAUAUUUAGGCUGAUUCACACACUGUUCUAAUAUGAUUCAUUAGUUUUUAUGUACAAACAAAACCAAAGACAUGAACUUCGUUCCCAUUCAGGUUAAAUGACAUGGUACAUACUUUGCAGGCAGUGAUAAUAUAUUAUUUUUGUGAACAAUGUGCUCUCAGUCAUAAUAACUGAUCUUAGUUUUGAUUAUGUGGGAAUCAACCUGUUUUGCCCAUACUAUAAUUUAUUUUGUACUGAAUAUGGUGCAAGCACUCAGACUUAAUUCUUUAUCUGUAUCUGACCAUCAGUUUGGUAUGUUUGGAUAAAUUUGUUGUUUCAUGUCAAUCACUGACUGUAGUCUUUCAUCCAACUGCAUGAGAGUAAUGUGAGUAAAUAUGACUACAAAAACUAGACUUUUGUAUCACCUGACUACAAAAUAGCUAUGAAUAUUAUUAAAUUAAUAUUAAUGGGUAUUAAAUAAUAUAUGUGAAGAUGUAUUAAUGGAAUGUUGUGUAGGGAGGGAUGUAGAAGUAAAGGACAGAGUAGAUUUGUCACAAGUUUAUCCUGGCAGAGAAGUGAAUGGGUACUUUCUAACCACGAAACAGAAGGAGUACUUAAUACAACAAUGUUCUGUAAACUGAAAUUUUUGUUCCCAUUAUGUUAAAAACAAGAUCUCAGAUAAAAAUGUGUUUGUUUCAUAUGAAAUUUCAAAUUAAGUAUGGAAAAGAAGUAGGUGUGGGAACAUCCCCACAUAACACGCUGUUUCGCCUGUCUUUCAGGCAACACUCACUCCUAAGUGAAUAUCACAUUGACAGACAUUGCGCUCAUAUUUACACAGCACUCACUGUCCAGCCCAACUUCGCAUCAUUGCUGGCCAAUCAGCGCUCACAAUUGCAACUGCAAGUUUCACUCUGCCCAUCAAGCAUGAUACAAAAAGGCGGAGCACAAAGCUCGCAAUGGUCAGGAAAAAUUUGGGACCAAUUGGAGCAAUUCAGUGGGCAAUGAAAUUCAGAGUGGAUGAGGAGUGAGACUGCAUUCAGUGCAGAUCAGUGGAUUCAGUUAUUAGAUACAGUUUCAUUCAUUGUCAUUCUAUCCAGUGUGAGUGAGAGAAAUGACCAGGCCAUUUAGUGUGGAUUCAGGAAUUGUCGGCUGAUGUGAGUGCAGUUAUUGGUGCUUAAAGAGAGAUAGUUUGGGCAAAGUUUGAAGUGCUGCCGUACUUCAGCCAGCUGGCCUCAGGCAUGGCGCUGUUGGCGCCCACUCAGUGUGAGGUACGAUGGCAUUCCGUGCUGGCUUCCUUUGACAAGCAACAUGAAAAUAGGACAGGUGGUCCAGACUUCUCUGCAGAAAAAUGGCAACAGAGAUACCUGGAAACCCCUCCUAGAAAAAGCAGAGACUGAGAAACAUCUGGAUGGGAAGGCCCUGUUCACUGGAAUGCUGUGACUCUACGCAGCAAUGCACAGGGAACUGGUGGAGUCUCUCCUGCCUGAACCCACUCAAGACACAGAGGAUGCGCCCCACAGCAGACGUCGAAAGAGAAACAGUGACUCUGACGACAACGGCAGCAGCAGCAGCAGCACCAAGAAGGAGGCAAAGGAAAGAUCUAGACCACUCCUGGUUUACCAAAAGCCGAGGCCUGUAGCAACAAAGUAUUUCUUUGCCCCACUCAGGUCCGUACCCAUGGACGGAGCACAAAGUGGCGAAGGGCCAUCUACAGAAGACAACACUGGCAAAGGCAGACCACCACCUAUAAUCCUAACUUCUGAGGUUAACCUCCUUAGCCUUCAGAAAGAAAUGAAAGUUGUUGUGACAGGGGAAUUCUUCUUUUGGAACACCGCAUCCAGUAUCCGAAUCACAACCAAAAAUAUGGCAGAUUAUAAAGCCACACAAAAUCUACUGAAUCAAAAAGGUCUCUCAUUCUUUACCUUUUACACCAAAGGAGACAACCCUGUGAAUGCUGUUAUCAGGCAUCUGCCGAGUAACACCUCGUCAGAAGAUAUCACAGUGGCCCUCCAGGAGCUGGCCUAUGAAGUCAUCAGCGUCAAGCAGAUGGCAGCGAAACGUCCUUUUCCGACAGGACACACCCUCAUAUCCCUUUUCCUUUUCCUUGUCACCCUGGCGAGAAACCACAAAUCCCAGGAAAUCUUCAAAAUCACUAACCUCUGCAACAUAAUUGUCAAAGUACAGGCUUACAAAUCAAAAAGUGGUCUGACCCAGCGCUACAACUGCCAGCGUUUUGGCCACAUUUGGGUCCACUGCAGGCAGCCUCCUCGAGGUCUAUGGUGUGGGGGUGGUCACCGCCACCGUGAAUGCCUGGAAAAGGAGAAUACCAAGAGCAUCCCAAGAUGCUGCAACUGUGAGCUGAAAGAUGGGGAAUCACCACAUCCAACCAACUACAGGGGCUGCAGUUAUGCGAAGGAGGAGCUGUGGCGAAGGAAGAACCAAUGCGUGACAAACCAAGGGUCUUCAGGAAGAACGUUCUUCUCCAAAUAUGCAACAGCCAAGCGGACAUUCGCCUCUGUUCUACACAGCUCGGUGGAAGCGAAGCAACCCUCAGUGCAGCAGAAAGCAUCUAACAGUCCCCAGAAUCAACAAUUCACCAACAAAGCUUCAGGUCAGUCAGUGCAGACAAAAAUGGUAAAUAGUAAUGCAACGGACAUGUUCGUUGCCUUCACUAUGGUGCAGCAGAUUAUGACAGGGCUCUCACGUGCUGCAUCAGAAGUGGAAAAAGUUGCAGUUAUCACCAAGGCUGUUUUUAGUCCACUGAAUCAUAAUGGUGGUAACAGUCCAUAGGCCUCUGAAAAUUGUAGCGUUCAAUGCCAACGGCAUUGGGAGACAGGCCUAUGACCUACGAAAACAGAUGCAAGACCUAAAAAUAGAUGUGGCCCUUUUCUCGGAGACACAUCUGAAAUUCUAUAUUCCAAAUUAUCAUAUAUAUAUAUCGGAAUGAUCGCCAGGACGGGCAUAAGGACGGAACUGCCGUUGCAGUCAAAAAUGGAAUCCCACAUACUCAUGUUGACCUGGCUCCCCUCCUUUCAGUAGAAGCAACGGGGGUCUGCAUACCGAUUGGUCAUACUGAAAUACUGCUUGCAUCUGUUUAUAAAUCUCCACUUAGAGCGUGGAGAGACGCAGACAUCACAGAGCUCUUAAACUUUAGAACAAAAUCCAUUUUGGCAGGUGAUCUGAACGCAAAGCACCCUGUUUGGAAUAGUAACGUCGCAAACCCUUCAGGUUUGAAGCUUUUAGAUCUAUUUGUUAAUUGUAAUUUUGAAAUUUCGGUGCCACAAUAUCCUACCCACUUCUUUCCUGAUGGGAGAGGUGAUGUCCUGGACAUUGUGGUCCAUAAAGACGUUCGGCUCUCAGAGGUCAGAGUUCUGGACAUCAUGGAUUCAGAUCACCUACCUAUAAUGUUUUGCAUCUUGGAUCAUGUUAAAGCCAGGGAAAUCUUGGAUCCAGUUGAAAAAUUCACAGAUUGGGAGUGGUUUCAAAGCCUCACCCCUGCCCUAGUAUCCCCAAGAAUCAAAAUUAAUUCAUGUAUAGAAGCUGACAAAGGAGCUUGCGACUUUGCAGCUUCUAUACCAUCAGUAUACAGGCUGUCAACAGAAACAACUUCAUUUCAUAAUCGCAGCCCAUCUGGCCUAGACCAACUACUCAAGCACAAGCAGAGGCUCAGAAAACUUUGGCAAGGAACCCGGGAUCCAGCAUGCAAAACGGCAGUGAACUGGGUCACUAAAACUAUAAGGAGAAUGGCCCAGAAGAAGGCACACUUGAAUGGUGGGAAACCAACACAGAGAAUUGUGAGAUUACACGUCAUGCAAUAUGGUCUAUUGCGAAAUCCCUCACAAAGAGGGGUGGACCAAAGGCACCAACUGCAAUUCACGGGCGUUUCGGACCAGUAUUUUAUCCAAACGAAAAAGCCAAUAUAAUUGCAAAUUAUCUAGAGAACCUGUUCAAGCCACACAAACUGUGUGACACUGACCAUGAACGGCAGGUGGAGGGCCGAGUCCAAGCUCUGCUGACUACAGCCGAAGAAAACCCCUCACCUAAAUUUCGAUCAUGUGACGUCUCCAAACAAAUUCGAUCCCUAAAAUUAGGAAAGGCCUGCAGAAUUGAUGUCAUUUCAAAUGAAUGUCUCAGGCACCUUCCAAAAAGAACUCUCAUUCAUUUAACGCAUUUAUUUAACCGCCGUUUUCAACUCGGUCACUCCCCAGCACCUUGGAAGGAAGCCAAAUCAUAGCUGUGCCAAAAACCGGCAAAAACCCAAAAUUCCCACAAAAUUUAUGUCCGAUUAGCCUCCUGUCCACUAUGGGCAGACUUUUCGAGAAAGUAUUUCUAAGAAUAAUCCAUGGACACUGAGAGGAAAGAAACUUGCUAAACACAAGUCUGUUUGGUUUUCGUGCGUCACAGCACGACACUCCAAUGCAUGAGGCUAACGGAUCACGUCUCUCUUAAUUUUAAUAGCAAUAUGUCGACGGCUGCUAUAUUCUUGGACAUUGAAAAGGCCUUUGACACAACAUUUAUAAAUUUAUAAAUUGAUUAAAUCACUCAAAGAAAGAAGAAAUUGUCAUCAAUCACGUUCAAAGACUGCAGUAGAGAAAACAAAAUAUCAUCUAGAUUUGAUUAUUCCAAAUACUGAAUCACCUAUAGCUAUUAAGAUUUGUAAUUUGGGUUACUCACCAGAGUUCUAUAAACCUAUUGUUGAACCAUGUGAGGUAAAGAUUGAACGAACACUUAAAGGAACUACAUUCACAUUAACAAGUAAGCCACUUCUUGAAACAGUGUGGGGUGAUUCAAUUAGUGUUCCAGACUUAAUCAAAUUGAAAUCAUCAAUUCAAUCCUAUAAUGGAGUUGCAUAUCUUAAGAUGGAAAAUCAUUAAUUGAUACUCAAUGGAACUAAACAAACACCAAUUGAACUACCCAAAAUAACAUAACCCAAGAGUAUUUUUAAAACUAUGGCAUUUUCUAUAGUUAAAUCACGGAAAGCGGUUUGGAAAGCAAAAUCCGCAAUCAAAUCAAAACCAACUCUUGGAAUAUCCCACCAAGCAUUAUCUGAAUUUUCAAUCCCAACAGUGAAGAUAUGGAUGUCUCCAUUACAUCACUCAUUGAAGAUCAUUACGGUAGAACUGACAUUGAGGAUCUUCAAGUAAAACUCCAAUCAGUAACUCCUCCAAUGCAAUCACUCAUGGAAGCAACACUUCCAGAGUAUUAACUGGAUUAUUUUCAAUCAACAUAAAACGAGAAUUUACAACAACUGAAAGAGUGGACCAUGACAGUGAUUAUCUCAUGUGUAUUGAGGUAUAUGCAUCAGGUCUUGACACUCUACCAAAAAAUGACGAGUUAGCUCAAGUAACAAAACUCAUUUCUUGGGAUACAAUCACAUGUGAACCUCUCAACAUUGAAUUUGAGACACUUCUUCAGUUUCAACAAUUCAUUCAACUUGCUCAACUAUAUGGAUUUAUCCUUGUUUGGAAAAUUUGUGACACUUGAAACUGAACUCAAUUUGGCUAAUCAGUUCCUUAAGGAAAUUGAAGGAGAUCCGUUCGCAGGAAUAAAAUAUGGAGGAAUUGCACAGGAAAUAAAGAACCUAUUAUAUUUCUGUGUCAGAACUUUAAUAGUUCUUGGUGGGGAAGAAUCACUUCGAACAUAUGCUGGUUAUGGUGGGGAUAAUUCUCAAUUAGCUGUUCCUAUGAAAAUCACCUUGGAUGCCCUCAUUCAGCGUAUGAAAGAGCAUCAGGCUAAGUUAGCAACUGCGGCACAUGGCACCCCGGCCUGCUAUAUAAGCUCACAGAGUUACAAUUUUCGACCAGUCUUGUAAAGCUGAUUGCUUCAUUUCUAACAAACAGAAAAUUUAAAGUUUCAGUAGAAGGCGAACUUUCUUCGCCCAGAAAAGUAGCGGCAGGGGUGCCACAAGGUUCCGUCCUUGCCCCAGUGCUGUACAGCUUAUAUAUAAAUGAUGCCCCCGCGGCACCUAUAAUACACCUUGCUCAGUUCACGGACGAUACUUGUAUAUAUGCAACAGAGAAGCAUGAGCGACGAGUUUUCAACAAACUCCAGUGUGGUCUCACUGUCGUGGGGUCAUGGUGUCAGCCCUGGAACUUAAAGAUCAAUGAAGGGAAGACUCAGGCUCCAGAAGGCGUAGAAUGCCUGAGGACACCCUACAUCUAAAAGGAUGGAACAUCCCAUUUGAAAAUAGUAUAAAAUAUCUCGGUGUCACCUUCGAUAGGAUGAUGACAUGGAGACUGCACGUAGAGAAAACCGCAGCUAAGGCCCUGGGCACGUACAUUAGGAUAUACAGUCAACUCUUGAUUAUCCGGGGGUGGAUAAACUGGGGCUUUUUUGAGGCUUAUAUGUUGUUUAAUAUU